GCCUCUGGAGUGACAGUGAAUGAUGAAGUCAUCAAGGUUUUUAAUGAUAUGAAAGUAAGAAAAUCUUCUACCCAAGAGGAGAUCAAAAAAAGAAAGAAAGCCGUCCUCUUCUGUUUAAGCGAUGACAAAAGGCAAAUAAUUGUAGAGGAAGCAAAGCAGAUCUUGGUGGGUGACAUUGGUGAGACUGUAGAAGACCCCUACACAUCUUUUGUGAAGUUGCUACCUCUGAAUGAUUGCCGAUAUGCUUUGUAUGAUGCCACAUACGAAACAAAAGAGUCUAAGAAAGAAGACCUAGUAUUUAUAUUCUGGGCUCCUGAAAGUGCACCUUUAAAAAGCAAGAUGAUUUAUGCUAGCUCUAAAGAUGCCAUUAAAAAGAAGUUUACAGGUAUUAAACAUGAGUGGCAAGUUAAUGGCUUGGACGAUAUUAAGGACCGCUCGACCCUUGGAGAGAAGUUGGGAGGCAAUGUAGUAGUUUCACUUGAAGGAAAACCCUUAUAAAAUGACAGUCACGUGCCAUCUGGAUCUCAAGGAGCUUUCAUUUCUCCAGUCCAGGCCAUUGGAAUAGUAUUAGGGCUCUUUGGUUUUUUUCUCCCCUCACCCGCUGGUCCUUUCAACACAUGAAGGAGAGAUCAUUCAUUUAAGCAGCCUAUCAGUGAUUGCCGUUAGACUGUUACAACUGUUAGUUUUAUGUAGAACCCAAGGAAUGCCUUUCUUUAGCCAAAACAACCCGUUAUAUGCCUCCCCUGCAGCAAGUACCACAGUGAAUGUGAUCGUCAAUGUGAAUAGCUUAGAGUACUGUAAAGAGUAAGCUAAUUGAAUGCCUUGAAAAGUGUUAUCCACUGGUUAGAUGGUAGACUUUACUCAUUAUUUAUAGUUGCACUUGGUUGCAGUUCUGUGAAGCUCAAACAUUCAUACACCUCACUGCCUUGGCAAGCCUAUUUUUGCAGAAUGGCAGCACAGAUAAAACACUAUGCAUUGAACACACGUGGUUGUUUUUUUUCUGGUCAUGCGUUUGACCCUCCACCCCGGGAGGAAUGCCAAUUAAGUUGCAGAUACUGUGUCAUCAAUUUGUCCUAGGGCCUCAGUGUUCAUUCCUGUCCCCUGCACUGCAUAUCUUUGUAAAAGAAAUAGCUGUUAAUGCCUUUUGAUUUUCCAUUCAGUGUACACUACUGAGUACGUUUAGAAGUUUUAUGUUUACCAUGUGAUGUUGCAACACUAACGAAUAUUUUGAAUAUCAGUCAUGAUGGCAAUUUCUGUAUAAAAGAGCCUUAAAUGGAACGUUGUUUUUGAGUUCAACUCCUCACCUCACAAAAAUGGCCACGUUGCAAUAAAAAUUGUGGCAUAUUA